AUGCUGGCGUGCUGUGGACUCUCCAUCUCUCGCCAUGGGAGGCAAGCCCUGGGUUUAACUCGCAGUAUUUUUACAAGUGCAGUUGCCAUGCAAGCACCCCAGCCGUUCAGGCAGAUACCCAAGGCCCAUGUGCUCGCCAAGACCGAUACGCCCAAGACCUUAGUCGACGUGGCUAAAGCAUACCCUGACCACCCGUUGAUGCAGUUUUUCCAGAUGGCGCCUACUGAAGUUCCCAAGGAAGGCUCCCAAGGAAGACACGCAGAUGAACGUGAAACUAUUCAGGUGCCUCAAGCUGUAACAGAAGCUGAUCUCUCGCACGAUCACAGCUCGCGCGCCUGGCUCGCCCCAGAGCUACGCCGUAAGAGUAGCGCAGACUUGCACACAUUGUGGUAUGUGCUUCUGCAUGAGCGCAAUAAACUCGCUACUAGUUGGGAAGAGCUGAAGCGCCACAGUGCACAGGGUGCAGCACACAUGCUUGGUCAGAGUCUCUCGUACCGCCAUCACAGGGUCCGAAAAUCCAUGGCGCGCAUUAAGUUUGUGCUGAACGAACGUCGACUGGCUCUGAUCGAAGCGCAGAGCCGCGCUCGUGAGGAAGUCGACGUCCCUCCCUUGGAGAAUGAGGGCGAUAUUUUUGAGGAGUCGCCCCAGGCUUCUUAG